CGGGAGGCGGGCCCGCCCGGCGGCUCGCGCCCGGGAAGGUCGGCGGCGCAGCGCGGGUGCCCCGGGGCUGGCGCGCGGGGACGCGGCGGCCGGGCGCGGCGGAGGCACAGCGGGCGGAGACACAGCGGGCGGGGGCGGCGGCGGCGGCGCUGGAACCGACUGAGCCCCUUCUCGCCGCGGCCGCAGCCCGCGGUGCCCGAGCUCCCAGGCGCACCCCGGGCGCGGCCCGAGCGGCCAAGACGGCGGGCCGGCCGGGCACGGGGCGGCGGGCGCUCUGCUGCGGGCUGCGCUGGUGGGGGGCGGCGGGCCGCGGCGCGGGCCCCGGGCCUGGCGCGUGCGGCUGGGAGGCGCUGUGGGGGGCGGGCGCGCGGGUGGCCGGGGCCAUGGCCGAGGGCGGCGGGGGCGCGCGGAGGAAGGCACCCGCGCUGCUCGAGGCGGCCCGCGCGCGCUAUGAGAGCCUGCACAUCUCGGACGACGUGUUCGGCGAGUCGGGCCCGGACAGCGGCGGGAACCCCUUCUACAGCACCUCGGCCGCUUCGCGCUCCUCCUCGGCCGCCUCCUCCGACGACGAGCACGAGCGCCCCGCGCCCCCGGGGGCCGCCGCACCGCCCGGCAACCCCGACUCGCAGGAGCCAGAGGAGGACGAGGCCAGCGCGGGCUGGAGCGCCGUGCUGCGGGACCGCCCGCCCCCGCGCUUCGAGGACACCGGUGGUCCCACCCGGAAGAUGCCCCCGAGCGCCAGUGCCAUGGACUUCUUCCAGCUCUUCGUCCCCGACAACGUGCUCAAGAACAUGGUGGUGCAGACCAACAUGUACGCCAAGAAGUUCCAGGAGCGCUUCGGCAGCGAUGGCGCCUGGGCCGAGGUGACGCUGGCCGAGAUGAAGGCCUUCCUGGGCUACGUGAUCUCCACCAGCGUCUCCCACUGCGAGUCCGUCCUCAGCAUCUGGAGCGGCGGCUUCUACAGCAACCGCAGCCUGGCCCUGGCCAUGAGCCAGGCCCGCUUCGAGAAGAUCCUCAAGUACUUCCACGUGGUGGCCUUCCGCUCCAGCCAGACCACGCACGGGCUCUACAAGGUCCAGCCCUUCCUCGACUCCCUGCAGAGUGGCUUCGACGCAGCCUUCAGGCCGUCCCAAACCCAGGUGCUACACGAACCCCUGAUCGACGAGGACCCUGUGUUCAUCGCCACGUGCACGGAGCGCGAGCUGCGAAAGAGGAAAAAGCGGAAAUUCAGCCUCUGGGUCCGGCAGUGCUCGUCCACCGGCUUCAUCGUCCAGAUUUACGUCCACCUGAAGGAAGGCGGGGGCCCAGACGGCCUGGAUGCACUGAAGAACAAGCCUCAGCUGCACAGCAUGGUGGCCAGGAGCCUGUGCCGCAGUGCGGCCGGCAAGAACUACAUCAUCUUCACGGGGCCCAGCAUCACCAGCCUGACCCUCUUUGAAGAGUUUGAGAAGCAAGAGAUCUACUGCUGCGGCCUGCUCAGCUCCCGGAAGAGCGACUGCACGGGACUUCCGCCGUCCAUGCUGACCAACCCAGCCACACCGCCGGCCCGUGGCCAGCACCAGAUCAAGAUGAAGGGGAACAUGUCCCUGAUCUGCUGGUACAACAAAGGGCACUUCCGCUUCCUGACCAACGCCUACUCCCCCAUGCAGCAAGGGGUCAUCAUCAAGAGGAGGAGCGGAGAGGUGCCCUGCCCGCUGGCCGUGGAGGCCUUCGCCGCCCACCUCAGCUACAUCUGCAGAUACGAUGACAAGUACAGCAGGUACUUCAUCUCCCACAAGCCGAGCAAGACCUGGCAGCAGGUGUUCUGGUUCGCAGUCAGCAUCGCCAUCAACAACGCCUACAUCCUCUACAAGAUGUCGGACGCUUACCACGUGAAGAGGUACAGCCGGGCGCAGUUCGGAGAGAGACUGGUGAGGGAGCUGCUGGGCCUGGAGCACCCGUCGCCCGCCCCCUGAGGCCCGCCCAGGCGGCGGGCGGAGGGGAGCCGCCCGUCAGGGGCCUGUGGUGAGGUUUGCGUUCAGAGGCGGGCGUCCUCCCACGGGCAGCCCCGAUGAGCCCAGCUGUCCGUCCGCCCGAGGCCCUGGAGCCCGCGAGGCUGCGGCACUGUGCCUGCCGACCAAGGCCGAUCGGGAGCCUGGCAGGCGGAGAAGAGCUGACGCUGGGCCCUUCAUCAUGGCGAGCAGGGAGACGGCCGAGCAGGAGGACGACGGAGGCCUGGGGAGGCCUGGGGAGGCGGGUGUCCCAGCCUCGGCCUUCCGUGGGCGGCUUGGUGCCACGAGACACAGUGGGGCAGGCGCUGCUGCCUGUGCUGUGGGCUGGGCCAGGGACCCCGUGGCAGCCGAGGUGGCUGUUUUGUUUUUAGAUCUCUUCAGGUUAUUUUCUUACUGUUGCUUAAGGUCUACUGUAGAGGGAGGGGCCACUCUUCCCGCCACACCCCUUGCAUGAUCAGUGUGUCCGUGCCUGUGGCGGGAGGGCUGCUGGCUCCAGGACCCCGCGCAGGCCACCGAGGGCCGGAGCCUCUGCUCUGGCUGUCACAACCCCUCACUGCAGAAUCACUUGUUCUGGAAACACGUGGCUGCUGAGGGCCCGUGCCUGUUGUCCUUUCCUGGUGGUGUGACCGUCACUGCUCUGCCUGAGCCCUGACGGGGACAACCCGGUGGGGCGUGAUGGACACGGGCUGCCUUCCUGGCCAUGCCCAAGGCCGGGGGCUUCUCCACGGAGGCCUCCGCCCAGGGCAGGAGGCAGCAGGAGCAGGCGAGGGGAGGCGCCACCGCGUGCACCCCGGUGGGCCGACGUGCCGCAUGCUCCCAGCCCACGUCACCUAGCACCCUGCCACGGUGGCCACCCUCACCCUGUGGUUCAGAUUCGAUGCCACGGGCCAUAGGCCAAAUCCUAGACCAUCUCCAGCACCUCUGCCGCCCUUGGGUUGGACCGAAAGCACUUUUACCACGUGGAGAAAUAUAUUUUUAAUUUGUGAUGCUUUUCUACCAGGUCCACUCUUUCGAGUUAACGUGUUUCCAACACUUAGGGAGACGAAUGAAAGCCGAUGAAUUUCUUUUCUGUCCAAACAAGUAAAAAAAAAAAAUAAAAGUCUAUUUAGAUGUU